CGGGGCAAUGGAUACACCGAUCUCUGGACCAGAGAUUUACAAACAGCAUUUCAAUCCAAAAGAUUAUUAUGAUUCAUACUAUGCUUCAGACAAUGGAGCAUCGCUAGGAGAACGGACUAAUUUUGUACUAAGGAAUUUUCAUGAAAUCUUCUCUUCAGGAGUUGUUAAAGGAAACACACUGAUUGAUAUCGGUGCUGGAUCAGCAAUCUUUGAACUGCUCUCAGCUUGUGAAGUCUUUACUAACAUUAUCACUUCCGACUUCCUGGAGCAAAAUCUCACUGAAGUAAAGAAAUGGCUGACAAAGGACUCCAAUAUGUUGGACUGGACCUCAUAUGUAAAGUUUGUUUGUGAUCUAGAAGGGAAAAGUGCUAAUUUGGAGGAAAAGGAAGAGAAACUUCGCAAAACUGUGAAGCAAGUUGUGAAAUGUGACGUACUGAAGAAGAAUCCAUUUGAGCCACUUGUUCUGCCACCAGCUGAUUGUAUAAUAAGUUGUCUCUGCUUAGAGACUGCAUGUAAGGAUGUGGCUUCCUAUUGUAACACCCUGAAAAACUUUAAGGACUUGCUCAAACCAGGAGGCCAUGUCAUAAUUCAGAGUGCAUUAAAUGGUACAUUUUAUCAUGUUGGGAAAACAAAGUUUUAUUGCUUGACUAUAACAAAGAAAGACAUUGAGAAGGCUUUCAUAGAAGCUGGUUAUGAAAUUGUGAAAUUAGAAGUGAAACAACGUGAGGAUAAGUCUAGGUUAGACAUCUAUGAUUACCACAGCUUGUACUGUGUCCAUGCCCGUAAGCCAUGCAGUCUAUAACAUUUUCACCAAUAAUGGCAAUUGUGAGCUUUUAUCUUUUAACAGAGAGAGAAAAAAACAUUCUUAAGAUACUCAAGUGCAAUUUAAAUACAGUUUAUCAAUUAAUCACAGUUUGAUGUUUAAUCAUGAUAGCACAAAUACAUAAUAUAUUAGUAGAUAGUUCCCUUUGUAAGCAUAUAUUUCUUUGUAAAUAACCACCAGGUACCGACAUAAAAUGUCCUCUCUUACUCCUGAAAAUAGCACAUUCAAACAUCUUUUUAUCUUUGCAAUUAUAAUUCUUGUGCAAACUCAAACGUUCGUGUUCAACGGACGUUUGUGUAAACUUACACGUGGAACUCGGCUAAUGGUAUAUGUCCAUACAUGGUUUCCAUAUGGCACAUUAGUCAACAUGAAAGCCUUUACUUCCAAAAAUACAAUCACUACUACAAUAUCUAGUCUAUUUCUUCUAAUGAUCAGCUUUAAUAAUAUCUAUCAAUCAGGUUAUAAAUGACUUUGCUAAUAAUGUUAUAAAGUGGUUUCUUAUCC